AUGGGCUUCAAUCGACCGGUGGUGAAUAGUUUUUAUGAUUUGUUAAAAACAUGUUAUGAGACUCAUCACUUUGAGCCAGAACAGAUUUUUAAUGUGGAUGAAAGUGGAUUGUCAAAUGUAGCCAAAAGUAGAGCCAAAAUAAUUUUCCAAAAGGGACGAAGACAAGUUGGCAAACUGUCGUCAGCUGAGAUAGGUCAAAAUGUUACAGUGACUAUUUGUUUUUCCGCAUCGGGUUCAUAUAUUCUCCCAUUAUUAAUAUUCCCUAGAGUCAGAUUAAAUCCAGAUUUUGAAAAAGAAGCACCACCUGGAGCAUUGGUUGUUUGUCAUUCAUCAGGGUGGAUGCAAUCUGAAAUAUUUGUGCAGUGGCUUCUUCAUUUUACUAAGCAUACACAUCCCACAAAAGAAAACAAUAUUUUAUUGCUUUUAGAUGGCCAUGUUACUCAUGUUAAAAACCUUGAAGUUAUAGAUGUAGCCCGCAAAAAUAAUAUAGUAAUAAUUUGUUUUAAUCCCCAUACAACUCACAAAUUACAACCGUUAGGUGUGAUCUUUAUGGGUCCACUCAGUACAUACUAUAGCCAAGAGUUAGAUUUGUGGUUACUUAACCACCCUGGCCAAGUUGUUGGUCUUCGCCACAUUUCUAAAAUUUUUCGUGAAGCAUAUCUAAAAGCAGCAACUCCAAAAAAUGCAAUUUCUGGUUUUAGAAAAACUGGUAUAGCUCCAUUUAAUUCAGACAUAUUUGACAAUUUUGACUUUGCUCCAGCUGAAACUACCAAUAAUAUUGAAAUGUCAUUAGAUACCCAAACACAACCUUGUUGUUCAGCUGAUAAUAAUAGUGCUCUUCCAUUAUAUUCUACUCCUCAACCUAGUUUCUCUGCUAAUACAUUGAAUAAUGAACACCCUGCAGAUAAUGUUCAAAAUGCGCCUGUUUCAUCUUUAUCGUCUCAAAGUUUGGUAUUAGAAAUUCCACAUACAACUUUUUCUUCAAAUGAAAAACAGAUUUUUAAUAUAUCUCCAGAAAUUAUCUUGCCAAUACCAAAAUAUUAA